GUGCACGAUUGACAACCGGGUCACCCGGGUGGCCUGGCUUAACCGCAGCACAAUCCUCUAUGCUGGGAAUGACAAAUGGUGCCUGGAUCCCCGCGUUGUCCUCCUGAGCAACACCCAAACCCAAUACAGCAUUGAGAUCCAGAAUGUGGAUGUGUAUGACGAGGGCCCAUACACCUGCUCGGUGCAGACAGAUAACCACCCAAAGACCUCUCGGGUCCACCUCAUUGUACAAGUAUCUCCCAAAAUUGUAGAGAUUUCUUCUGAUAUCUCCAUUAAUGAAGGGAACAAUAUCAGCCUCACCUGUAUAGCCACAGGGAGACCAGAGCCUACAGUCACCUGGAGACAUAUCUCCCCUAAAGCUGUUGGCUUUGUGAGUGAAGAUGAAUACUUGGAAAUCCAGGGCAUAACCCGGGAGCAGUCGGGGGACUAUGAAUGCAGUGCCUCCAAUGAUGUGGCCGCACCAGUGGUACGGAGAGUAAAGGUCACCGUGAACUAUCCACCAUAUAUUUCAGAGGCUAAGGGUACAGGUGUCCCCGUGGGACAGAAGGGGACAUUGCAGUGUGAAGCCUCAGCAGUUCCCUCAGCAGAAUUCCAGUGGUACAAGGAUGACAAAAGACUGAUUGAAGGAAAGAAGGGAGUCAAAGUGGAAAACAGGCCUUUCCUCUCAAAACUCAUCUUUUUCAAUGUCUCAGAACAUGACUAUGGGAACUACACUUGCGUGGCCUCCAACAAGUUGGGCCACACCAAUGCCAGCAUCAUGCUAUUUGAAGUGAAAACUACAGCCCUGACCCCUUGGCAAGGCCCAGGAGCUGUCAGUGAGGUGAACAAUGGGACGUCGAGGAGGGCAGGCUGCAUUUGGCUCCUCCCUCUUCUGGUCUUACACCUGCUUCUCAAAUUUUGAUGUGAGCACCCCUUCCCCACUGGGGAGAGCUGCCGCUACCGCAUCUCCAACACUGCAGCACGGCCACACGACAGCAACAAGUCAGAAUCAAAUGAAAUUCAGAGAAUCACAGCUAAUGGGACAGAAAUUUGAGGGAGGGAAACAAAGAAUACUUUGGGAAAGAAAAAAGUUUAAAAAAAGAAAUUGAAAAUUGCCUUGCAGAUAUUUAGGUACCACUGAGUUUUCUUUCUUUUCCCAAAUGGGAAGAAUGCACACCCAGCUUGGACCCACCCACAAGCUGCACUGUGUGACCUCUCAGUUGCCAGGGUGGGCAAGGGCUCAGCCACUCUGCCCACCAAGUGCCCCCGUGGAACACUCUGGAGUCGGCCAUCACAAAUUCCAUCUGUCCGUAGAGAUGAGCACAGAGUGGGACAUGUGGGCCCAAAUGCGUUUGUAGCUGGCCCUUUGGUAGACUGUGUCACCACGCCGAGUGUCAUGAAAUGUGAAAUGAAAAAAGAAAGAAAAUGAAAGCAAGACAGCCUGACAGCAACAACAAUCCAACAAACAAGAGUCACAAAAGAUGUUUCACUUUUUUUUUCAUUUUACUACAUGGACAUCAUGGAUAAUAAGGGAUUCUGAUUCAUUAUUAAUUUUAUUAAUUAUAUUUUCUGAUAUGAGUCUAGAACUUAGUGCAAAAAAAAAAAAAGACAAAACUAAAAAAUACACACAUGAGAGGGGUGAAAAUAAGUGUGUUUGUUAAACAUUAAGAAUGAAUAGUGUACUUCUUACCUAGGUUUACAACUGGUGGACCACACACCAGGCAUUAACCACCUGGUGAGGAUUUGACAGAUCCACCAAAAACACAUCCAAUUUAACCAACACUUCCACCAGCGCGUCAGAGUCCUCCUUAUCCUGGCAUUCCAUGCAGACAGUACUAUGCUGUCUACAUACUGUUUAGAAAUGGAAAGUUGGUCUGCACUGUAUCUUGGGUUCUUGGCUAUGCUUCUUUUAAUGACAUAUAUUAUACAGUAUAUAUAUGCAUAUAUUUUUUUUGUUAGAGUUCUAGCCAUUUUGUUUCUCAGCAGGGUCCUUUCUCAGACAUUACUGCAUGCUGUAUAUGGUGUUAGCUGUGUGUUGAUCUUCUAAAAGAUGAUAGAGUUUACUGGUUAUUGUGUAAUCAGCUCCUGCCUUUUUAUUUUCUUGGGUUAUAUACAUGUCAGAGACUUAUAAAAAGUGAAAAGAACAACAGCUAAUACCAGGCGCAGAAUCUUUCCAGGUGUGGCUCUCUGAGGCAGAAGCCUAUGGCUUUCCUCUCCAUCACCCCUGGGGCAUUAACAGACAGCAACUGAAACAACUAAACCGCCAGUAACCGCUUGUUUUAGCCCAUUAUGGGAAUCCCUGAUGCCUUUGUGACCACUGGAGAAUUUAAUCCUCUUGGUUUAUUUUAUUUAAUUUUCCACCUUUGUGUGAGUGUGUAUGAAAGAGAAAAAAAAUGCAGAUUUUAGGUAACCUUUUUUGUCCUCCCCUGAUGUUUGGGGAACAGAGAGGCCUCGGGGAGGGGUCCUGGAUGUGAUGAGGGAAACUGGGAUUGGGGGAGGGGAGGGAGGGGUUGUCUCUGACUUGACAUUAAAAAGUGUUCCAUGUCCCUCUUCA